AUGCACUACGCCGCGCCCUCGUCUCUGCCGUCCGACUACGCCAUUCUUUCCCGCUACGCCGGGCAUAACGGCGACGCACACGAAGAUGACUCGGACGCCGAGGAGCGAGAGCGGGACUCGCUGCUGCCCCCCGAGGACGAAGAGCGGCCAGGCCGGCGGAGCAGCCUCCCCCCGCCGUUCAUUAGGCCGCUGAACCCGACAAUAGCUCCCAUAUCCGCGAGGGACAAGUCUUUGGGGCCCGUGCCGACCGAGAAUACCCCUCUCCUGAACCCGCUAGUGCCCCGGAUAGAGGAGGAAGUCGAUGCGCCGGGGCACGACUCCGAGACGACGCUCUCGCGCAGAGUGUGGGAGGAGAUCAAGAUCCUCGUCAAGUACACCUUACCGGUCUUUGGGUCGCAUGUGUUGGAAUAUUCGCUCGUGGUAGCGUCUGUUAUUUCUAUCGGACAUUUGUCGACUACUGCUCUGGCUGCUGCCACUCUGGGGUCUAUGACUGCCAGCGUGACGGGUCUGUCCAUCGUCCAGGGCUUCGCCAGUGCGCUCGACACCAUGCUCCCGAGCGCAUGGACGUCCUCAGAGCCCAAGCUCGUCGGCCUCUGGGCUCAGCGUAUGGCCGUGGUUAUGGCAGCUUGCUUGAUUCCCAUCCUUUUCGUAUGGUUCAAUGCAGAGUCAAUCCUCCUCUUCCUCAAACAGGAGCCGGAAGUUGCCCACCUCGCCGGAAUCUACCUCAAGUGGACCUCCAUCGGCCUCCCCGCGUACAUGUUCAACAGUAUCUCCCGGCGAUACUUCCAGUCCCAGGGACUGUUCACGGUCCCCACACGCAUCAUCAUGGUCGUCGCCCCGAUCAACGCCGUCCUAAACUACUUCCUCGUCUGGGGUCCGAAGCCGUUCUCACUAGGCUUCAUCGGCGCCCCCAUCGCCACCGCCAUUUCCUUCAACCUGAUCUCCAUCGCGUCGAUCAUAUACGGUGUGUUCUUCGUCCCGCGCACUGCGUGGUACCCGAUUUCGCGGCGGAGCUUUACGAGUCUGGGGAUUCUGGUGCAGCUGGGGCUGUCCGGCGCUGCGCAAGUGUGCUCUGAGUGGUGGUCGUGGGAGCUAGUAGGACUUGCCGCCAGCUUACUCGGUCCCGCGGCACUGGCCACGCAGUCGGUACUGCUUGUCUCGGCUUCGACUACUUUCCAAGCGCCCUUUGCGCUCAGUGUUGCCACCUCCGUCAGAGUCGGCAAUCUUCUUGGCGAGGAGAACGCGAAGCGUGCCGGCAUUGCAGCCAACUCCUCGUUACUGGUGACGCUGGCGAUAGCCAGUAUCGCAAGCACGAUGUUCAUGAUCUUCCGCAAGUCGUGGGGACACUUGUUCAACGACGAUCCGGCCGUCGUCGAGCUGGUGGCCUCGAUUCUGCCGCUCGUCGCCCUCUUCCAGGUGUUUGACGGCUUGGGUGCUACGACUGGUGGGAUUCUGCGCGCUAGGGGCAAGCAGUUCACGGGAGCCAUGCUGAACCUAAGUGGUUACUACCUCAUCGGGAUCCCAUUCGGCCUGUGGCUGGCGUUCAAGCGCGACAUGGGGCUCGCGGGGCUGUGGAUCGGGUUGACGGUGUCGCUCGUGUUCGUCGCGACGAUCGGCGCGUAUCUGUGCUUGGGCGCGGACUGGGAGCGGGAGGUCGAGAAGGUGCGGGUGAGGCUCGCGGCGGAUAAGCGGGCGGAGCAGCGGGCGGGUGCGCAGCAGCAUGUCUGAGGUCUAGGAUUGCGAGGGUCAAGGCCGCAGGCAAAGGGAACGCGGGAGGCGAAGAGGAUGUUUCGCUAAGGUGCCUGAUCGCGAUCGGAUCCUGUGCUGGGCUAGCGCGGAAGAGAAGUGGUCGAUCGGUGGGGAACUGGGGUUUGGAUUGCAAUGCUUUUAAAUUUGGUGAUGAGAAUUGAACGUUGAAUGCUGAUGAUUUCGCGAGAUUACAGAGUACAAUUUGUAGCAUAGCAUACCUCCGUAUCAUGAUCCUGAUGAGUAGAGUCUUGUUUUCCGCCGAAUUACAUCUUGGCAAUACGAGUCAAAUGUAGGGGCGCGUUUGGCCUGGG